AUUAACUUGUCACAGUGACAGAUUGACAUCAUGUUGACAUAUUACAAGGAAUUUUGUAAACAUUUUUGGAAAGAUGGAUUGUAAAUUUGGUUAAGAAGACACACAUUUUUUAAAAGUAAAUAUAAGCAAAUCUACAAACAUUCUAUGAUUUUAUAAUAUAAUCAUGGCCGAAGGCCCCCAGAAUGUAGCUUUAUCUUUGGCGGAAGAAAGUUCAAUUAACGAGUUUGCUGCUCCAGAAGCGAGAUUUGAGUGUCCUAUUUGUUUAUCAUGGCUAAGGGACCCAGUUGUUACUUCUUGCGGUCACAGAUUUUGCAGAAGCUGUAUACAAGAAUGGUUAUUGAAGGAGACUGCCUGUCCAGUUGACAGCAUGAAAUUAAACAAAGAUUCUGAUAUAUUUCCUGAUAAUUUUACAAGGAGGGAGAUUUCUCAACAGAAAACAAAAUGUCCAAACAUAGUACGAGGUUGUCUGAUUGAAUUGUCACCAUUAGAUGUAGAAUCUCAUUUAUUGGAAUGCAAAUACAGAAUACCCGAAUUACCAGACAGUGAAAAACUUAGGUGCACGUUUGUACAUGUAGGCUGUGAUCAGAAAUUUGAAGACGAACCCCAAAGACAACAACAUUUGGAACAAAAUAUUCAACAGCAUUUAUUAUUAUUAUCGCAAGCAUAUUCUAAAUUUACAAUAAAUAGUGCAGAAGAUAAUGCAAGUUCAACUUUGGCUCAGGCUAAUUUCUGGGAUCCACCAUCGAAACAUGAGUCUUCUAGUGAACUAAACCAAGGUGAUAAUUUGCAAAAUUUAUUAAGGGCUCUUUAUGAAAAAAUUGUAUUUUUGGAACAAAAAAGUAGAGAACAAGACAUUAUAAUAGCAAAUAUGUCAGAUCAACUGACAAACUUUCAGCAUAAAUACUGUAAUGGAACUUAUAUAUGGUAUUUCAAUGACUUCAAAAAUAAAAUCAGAGCUAUGAAAGAAAACCCUCGAAUAAUUCAUUACAGUCCAGGUUUUUUCACUUCACCCUAUGGAUAUAAAAUGUGCAUUCGAAUAAAUUUGUCUUUGAAGAAACCUGAUCAUAUAGCAAUAUUAAUUCACGUGAUGAAGUCAGGACAUGAUAACACUUUAGAUUGGCCCUUUACAGGAAAGUUGACCAUCACAAUUGUUCACCCUAAUAAGUCUUUCAAGAGCAUCAGAGAAACAAUGAUGACUCGUCCAGAAUUAGAAGCAUUUAAGCAACCAAUCAGUGAUCUGAAUCCAAAAGGAUUUGGGUAUACAGAGUUUGCUUUGCUGGACGAAUUAAUUGACGCGGAUUUCGUAAUGAACAAUCAGUUAAUAGUCAAAGUCAGUGCUCAACCAGUGUAGCAAGGUAUAAAUCAGAUAUGGAUAAAAUUUAGUGCAAUUUCGAGUUUGUAUUAAAUAUUCAAACAACUAUUUCCAUUUGGUCUUUAUAUCAUUAAUUAUAAAACAUGAGAGAACCUAUCUUCUAAAUGUAUUUUUGUCACAGUUUAAAAUAUAUAUUAUUGUUGAUAUUUA